GAUCCGAUUCCGCAGCCAGUGCUGCUGCAGAGCUGACUCGUUGAUCAUAGAGGAAGCUAAAAGACAGCUCGUUAGAGAACUCGACUCGUUUGGCCGUAUUAUUUUACAUAUAAAAUCACAAGGUGAAAGUUACUUAGCAUAAUGUCGAAGAACACAGUAUCUGAUCGUUUCAGGAAAGUAGACGUAGAUGAAUACGACGAGAACAAAUUUGUCGACGAGGAUGAUGGAGGGGAAAACCAACUUGGUCCUGACGAGACGGAGGUUGAUUCAUUGAUUAGACAAGGGAACCUAAUGGAUGCGUUGCAAGCCGUGCUGAAGAACCCGCCAAUCAACACAAAGAACCAGAACGUCAAGGAUCGUGCCGAGGGCCUGGUACUGAAAGUUCUCAGUGCUUUUAAGAGCAGUGACAUCGAGAAGGGGGUCCAGUCUCUGGACAAGAACGGCGUGGACCUGCUUAUGAAGUACAUCUACAAAGGAUUUGAGAACCCGUCAGAGAACAGCAGUGCUGUACUGCUGCAGUGGCAUGAAAAGGCGCUCUCUGCGGGCGGAGUGGGCUGCAUCGUCCGCGUUCUCACUGCCAGGAAGACGGUGUAGCCGAACCCAUGAAGAAGAACAGCACACGUCACACCGGGAAAUCCGUCUGGGACAGAGUCAAACAGACGUCACUGUUCACACAGUGCAGCGCAGGAACUCCCAACCACCUGCCACUGACAUCUCUGUCCCACUGU